AUGGCGACCAUACCGGCAGUGACUAGAAUAUCUUCGCGCCUGAUUCGAAUUCUGGGAUGUAAUCCCAGCCCGAUGACGCUGCAAGGCACGAACACGUAUCUCAUCGGUAGUGGAAAAAGGCGAAUACUUUUAGACACGGGAGACGCGAACGUUAAAGAGUACAUUGGACAUUUGCGAAAGGUGUUGAUCGAUGAAAGGGUGCUCAUCAACGAUAUUAUUAUUUCCCAUUGGCAUCAUGAUCACGUCGGAGGAGUAGAUGAUAUACUGGAAGUAAUCGACAACAAAGAUACAUGUAAUGUGUGGAAAUUUCCUCGCACUGAUGCCCCAGAGCCGGAAGUACGCAACGCAACACUGAAGGAACUAAAGGAUGGACAAAUAUUUACCACCGAAGGUGCCACGCUGAAGGUGAUCCAUACGCCGGGACACACGACGGAUCAUGUGGUGCUGGUGCUGCAGGAAGAUAAUUCACUGUUCAGUGCCGACUGCAUUCUUGGCGAGGGUACAACCGUGUUCGAAGAUCUGUACCGGUACAUGAAAAGUUUGGAAACAAUUUUGAAUGCUAAACCUACGAUUAUCUAUCCCGGACAUGGUAAUAUCAUCGAUGACCCUACUGAACGAGUAACGGAAUACAUAAAUCAUAGAAAUCAUCGCGAGAAACAAAUCUUUGCCGUGUUCGAGGAGAACCCGGACAAGCAGUACAACGAGAUGGACGUCGUGCGCACGGUGUACAAGGAAACACCGGAGCAACUUUGGGCAGCCGCAGCAUAUAAUGUGAACCAUCACCUGAAAAAGCUAACGGUUGAAGGCAAACUGCUCGAAUGCGUUGAUAGUGAGGGAGGCAACAGCUGGAAGUAUGUGCAACCGGCUUCACUGUAA